UCUCACUACCUCUUCAUUCCUAGCCUUCUCUCUCUCUCUCUCUCUCUCUCGUUCACUUGCCUGCAAUGCUGAGCAUCGAACAUCAUCGUCAAAGGCCUACGACAAGCAGCGGAUCGAUUGACGACGACGACGAGGAGCACCGGUUCAGAGACAUCCACGCCCUGACCCCGCCGCCCCCGCCCCUGCCUUCCGCCCCCGCUGGCCGCAGGAGGGACCAGUGGGAGACCGGCAGCCAUGGCCGGUCUUCCUCUCUGUCCAUGGGGAGCGACGUGGCCUCGAGCGAGAACUUCACCACCAUGAGCAGAGAGUUCAACGCUCUCGUCAUCGCCGGCUCUGCGAUCAACACGGAGACCGAGCAGAGCGCGAGCAACAACGCGAACGGGAACAACCUGGCGAUGAUCGGAGAAGAUGACGACGGCACUCCGGUGGAAGAGACGAACCCGCUCGCGAUCGUCCCGGAAAAUAAUCCCCUGGAGGAGGUUGGGCGGAGCAGCAGCUCUCCGAGACGUGCGGGGUCAAGCGUGAGCGUGAGCGGCAGCGGCGGCGUCGUCGGCCCGGGAGACCAGGUGAUGGUGCAGAGGGUGAAGAGGGAGGAGGUGGAGGCGAAGAUAAGCGCGUGGCAGAACGCGAAGGUGGCCAAGAUAAACAACCGGUUCAAGCGGGAGGACGCCGUCAUCGGCGGGUGGGAGAGCGAGCAGGUCCACAAGUCCUCAUCUUGGAUGAAGAAGGUCGAGAGGAAGCUGGAGGAGAAGAGGGCGAGAGCGUUGGAGAAGAUGCAGAACGACAUCGCGAAGGCGCGCCGGAGAGCGGAGGAGAGGCGGGCGAGCGCGGAGGCCAAGCGAGGGACCAAGGUCGCCAGGGUCCUCGAGAUCGCGAACCUGAUGAGGGCCGUCGGUCGAGCCCCGGCCAAGAGGUCCUUCUUCUGAUAUGUCGUAGCAACAUACACACACUAAAGUCAGAAAAUGGGAAAGAAGAAGAAGAAGACGGGUGCUGAGUGUAAUUACGUAAAAUUAUGGGCAUGGAAAAAUAAGUGCCCCCUUCAUAUUUUAGGCCUCCUCCGACCUUUUUCAGAGACGGGGCAAUGUUGCAAGGCGGGCAUGUUGGACUUUGGACCGUCUUUUAAAGUUCUAGGAACUGUGAAUUGAUUGGUGUUUGGCAAAGGACUGUUUUUGUGCGGGGGGCAAUGUGUCAUCGAUUUGCUUUU